AUGAGAAAAGUAUAUUUCUGGCUCAUAUUCGCAUCUCUUUACAUUCUAACAAACCUCGCAAUUAAAGAUUUGAUUUUAAAAAGUUAUUAAGUAAAAUAGGUUUUUUAGCUAGAAGGAAUUUCGCCCACAAAUAAAAAUAAUUUGUUUGCUUAAAUCGAUUUCAAUUAUCUUCUAGAAAUAAAUACACAAACUCAUCUUCUUUUGUCUCAUAUAUAGUAACAGAAAUUUUAUAGGACGAUUAAGGUUCCUAAAGAUUAAUAAUGCUUGUACUUUAAAUAGUAAGAAGAGCAUGCUGUUUGCAAGAAUAAAAGCUGCAGUAUUUGUAAAUGUGAGCAAGAGGAUAUACCAUUAGAAUGGAGAAAAGAAGAUUAAAAUGAAUGCUAUAUUAAAAACAAUGAUUAUGAAGAUGAAACUACACAAAAGGAAAAAUAUGACUGGUAUUGGUCUUUAAAUUAAGAAAAUGAUUUCAAAGAUGGCGAAUAUGUUGAUUUGGUUGAGAAUAUUGAAGGGUAUACUGCUAACAAAGAGCCUAAUAUAUGGAAAAUUAUUUACACAGAAGACUGCUUUUAAGGACAAUAAUUGAGUUCUGAAAAGAUGGUACUUAAUUCUAUUAUUAGUGGCUUUCAUGCCAGUAUUAGUAGUCACAUUUGUGAAUUUUAUUAAGAUCUUUCAAAAGAAGAGGCUAAGCUAAACCCUAGCUGGGAGUUUUAUUUUGAAAAAGUUGGAAAUUAUGAAGACAGAAUAAAAAAUUUACUAUUUUAUUAUGAAUUCCUCCUUAGGGCUGUAUAAAAAUCUUCAGAAGUUUUUGUGAAUUUCCCAUACAAGACAGGAGAUUUAGAAAGUGAUAAAGAAGUUGUUUAAUUAAUAAAGGGGUUUAUAUCUCAAAUUACUUCCUAAAAUAGAGUGUUGUAAUUUGAUGUAAAUCUUUUCAAAGACCAAGAUUCAGUUGAGAUAAAGAGGAAUUAUUAAAAAUAUGUUAAAAAUAUUGCUCAGUUAAUGGAUUGCGUUUCUUGUGAAAAAUGCAAAUUGUUUGCAAAAAUUUAAGUAUAGGGUAUAUCUCUUGCUAUGAAUAUCAUAUUUGCUGAUAAUUCAGAUGAGAGAGUUAAAUAUAUGAAAAGGAAUGAACUAAUUGCAUUAAUUAAUACUUUACAUAAGUCAUCUGAAAGCAUCUAAAUAAUAAAUAAAAUGCAUUAAAGAAGAUAUGACCAUUACUCAUUCAGAUUUUAUUUAGCUAGUACUUUAUUUGGAGCUUGUUUAGCAAUAAUAAUAAGUUUAUUGCUAAAGACAAAGGAUAACUUAACCAAAUAAAAAAAAUAGUGA